CUCGUUGCUGGCUCUCUUUUCCUCCCAAAUAUUGCGAAACCCUUUCUACUUUAUUCAUCGACCAAGCCACACAACCUUUGUUCGUCCACGCACGGGAAUGAGCGUCCUUUCUCAGGAGGGCACCACGUUGUCUAUCUCAACCAGCGCGGAUCCGAAUGUCUCUGAUACGACCAUCGCUGGCUUUUCCACGCAGUCCAGCGACUCUCUAGCUGGGCAUAGUCCUGAGAUGCUGACCCCAACAUUGCGUACAGUGGACUUGGACUCCAGCGAGCAGAAUGUCGCCGGUUCCAGCACGGGCGGCCUGCUCCCACCCUUCGGGUUCAACGUAUACAAGCAGUCUACGCACCUGCCAACGCCUCAGAGCCCCGGACAUAUGCACCUCCCCAACGGCGGCCGUGCGUCGCCGGAGUCACCUAUCCUGAACAGAUCCCACCACCAAGCACCUCUAGUUGCGCCCGUUCCAUUAUCACGGCGUCCCCCGCAUCCUGUAUUCGAUGGCAGCAAGUCCCGUAUGCAACAGAUUGUCACCCCCGACUCGAGCCCGCCAGCCCCUCAAAUCCCCCGACCUUCCUCACCUCCGAACAUACGAAUGGACCAGAUUCCAACGCCUGAGCCGCUACACCUAUCCAGAUCAGAAGGCAGCUCCACACCUCUCGCGCCCGCCGCAAUCAUCUCCUCCCCACGUUCCGCUCAUUCCGGCGAGACCGCCGGCCAGUCGCAACUGUCCUCGCCCUUUAUGGAGAAGCUGUCCAUCGCAAGCCGAUCACAACGUUCUGUCUCACCUCCCGCGUUUUCGUUGGACCCGGAUGACGUCUUCACCGCGCGUCCUGUGGGCCGCGAGUCUUCUGCGAGGGCAGAGUCCGAGCGUCUGCAAGCUCUGCGAAUGGAGUACCUGCGUGGCGAGGCUACCCAGGAUUCUGAAGCCGUAUUGGAAGCUCGGCGGCCACCGUAUCUCAAGCGUAUGGAACGAACAUCUUCAAGCGAUAUCUUGCAACUUGGAGAACAGAGUGGCGCGCCACAUGCAGGGCUGGGCAUCGCGGACAGCCCGACUAAAGGCAGGCGGAUCCAGCUGUUCCAGGAAACGUCUGAAGAGAGCUUCGAGGAGAGCCUGAUGGCUGGGGGGUACCCCAAGUACGGGAGCGGUCCCGGAUACGACGUCCUACGGACGCCGGGCAAAGACCGCUCGUCGCCCCUCAGCGAACACACGCUCGCGUGGCUGCAGCAUUCGACACCAGAUCAGCCCGGUCCUUCUAGGAUCCCCGAGACGCCCGCGGACGAGCGAGAGGCGAAGAAGCGAAAGAGGCUGGCUGCGUUCCAGACGUACGAGUCCCUGACGAAUCUGCGGAGGAAGCUCAUGCCGGUGUAUCUGGAGGGCAAGGGCCGGGUGCUGCUGGACGUGUCCCCAGAGGACGGCCUGGCGGACGACGACACGCCGCGGAAGCGCAAGAAGAACCGGCGGCGGCAGGCGACUGGUGCGCAUCCUACCGAGUCUCCUGGGGGGAAGCGGAGCACUCGGGCGGCCCCUGCACCGAUAGUAGGGCCGAACUGGCCCGACCUGCAGUUCCCGUGGUCGGUGCGGCUCCGGGAGCGCGUGCUGGCGAACCAGGCGGAGGAGGAGGAGCGGCUGCGGCGCAUAGCGGAGUUCCUGGAGCGCGACUCGGGCGACGAGGAGAGCGGGUCGGACGAGGAGCCGUCGGCGUGGGGGCAGGUGGAGGACGGGCCGCCGAAGCGCGCACGCAUGGGCCGGGGGAAGAUGGUGCCCCUGCACGCGAAUCCGGGCGGGGGUCGGCUGGUCAAGGGGAGCGUGUACUUACCUAGCGGGCCUGCGGACGCACGGGCGGCGUUGCUCUCGAAGAAGGCGGCGCGAAGGCUGCGGUACCGCCUCGACCAUCCAGAAACCGAGGCGGAGCGAGAAGAGGACGACGACGACAGCACCAUAUCGUGCGUGUGUCACGGGCGAAACGACGGCGAGGAGGCGGUCCAGUGCGACCGGUGCGACCGCUGGUACCACCUAAGCUGCGUCGGGCUGCACAGCGUCGACGACCUCGGGUCGGCGGACGCGGCGUGGUACUGCCCAAAGUGCGAGCGGACGCCCUCGCCGGAGCUGAUCCCGUCGUCGGAGCCGACCCUGGUGCCCUCGGAGGAACGGGCAGCGCCGCGCACGCCGCGUGACCCGCUGUUCUACGACGCGUCGGUGCAAGAGUCGCCGCUCGCGGAGGCGUUCAGCUUCCGCGUGCCGCCGUCGAGCGCGUGGGGCAGCAGCCCGGGGAAGGACCCGGCGACGCCGUUCUCGCGCGCCACGCGGAAUAUGUUCGCGACGCCGAACUUUCUUUCGAGCUCGCCGCUGAAGGAGAGGGAGAGGGAGGUGUUCGACCCGGCGGUGACGCCGAGCCGCGGAGAUGGGCGGUAUGCGCUGUUCCAGACGCCCGGGCGCGGGUUUGGGCUUGGUGGAAGGGCGCUGACGUUCUCGGGCGGAGAUGGGUGGGGGACGCCGGUGCGCGCGAGUGUGCUCGCUGCGCAGGACGAGUCGCCGGUGAGGAGGAGCUCGGGCGGGAGGGGCGAGCUGGAGCGGUGAGGUCAGUCUCCGGCGUGGUUGAGCUUGGGAUUUGGAUUGAACUGCGCGCGACUUGACUUGCAGGUCUGCAGCCCUGAUCAGCCUGCGAUUCACGAUAACUUCGUUCACGUACUAAUUUACUUACUCGUAUGCCCGCGCCGAUAGGCGGAUGUUGCUUUAGUAGAGCCUGUGUGUAGUAUUAUGUCUCUUCGCCGCCGCGUUACCCCCUGCCUACCUG